GGGGGUACAUCAGCCAGAAAAUAGAUAUUAGCUCAGACCACCCGCCUUUUCUCUGUCUGUCCGCACGGUGGGCAGAGCGCACAGCACCGGCACUGCAGCAGCCCGGGCCAGGGAGGGAACCAGCAUCACAGCCAGCGCCGCCUGCCCUGGGUAUAGGACUGAGGCCCAGGCCCCAGCGCUGGGAUUGCCUGGGCGGAGGAAUCUUGGGGAAAGGGGCAGCCUCCUGCCCUCGGUUCUGGGAUUUGGGUUUGGGAAGAGACGGUUUACCUUUGAAAAGCGUCUGCUCUCUCGGAGGUGGGAUCCCAGGCCUCGCCUGGACCCAUGGGCUAGGAGAGGGUCGCGGCAGGCUGGGAGGAGAGUGAGGCCUUGGGGGAGUGGAUGGGGUGCCCCACGAAGAGUCUGCCUCAGAGCCAGGUGACACAGAGGGGCUCCAGGAGGGAGUCAGGCUCCGCUGAGAGCCCUUAGAGAGACAACCUAUCUUGGGGGAGGGGCUGAAGUGACCAUGCAGACCCAAGGGUACCAGAAGAGCCUCGGGGAAACGCGGCAUGGAUGCGCAGGCCUUGGCGGGGCUCCGAAGCAGUGAAGGGUCUGGGUAUAAGGCGGACACCCAGGCUAGGCCUGAAAGCAGAGGGGUGAGGAGGACGAAGGUUCGAGUAUGAGGGGGUUGUCUCUUGUGGGGAGCCAGCGGGAAGCCAAGCACCCUGAGAGUAGGACUCCAGAUCCUUUUGUUCACCAGACUCCCCAGAUUCUAGGGAGGCCGGGGACCACGGGCUGAGCCCCCUCCUGGCUUCAGUGCUGAAGGAGAAGGCAGAGAGGCAACGGGGAGAGAGACAGAGACAGUGACACACAGCUUAGAGGAAAGGAGGGGAGAGGAUGAGAGGACAGAGAGAGAGAGGAGAAGGGAGACAGGAAAGCAAGAGGAAGGAAGAAGGAAAGCGGAAAAGAAGAGGAAGGAGAGAAGUGAAGACAGGAGAGAGAAGGGAGAAGACUGAAGAGAGACCAAGCAAGGAGAAAGAGACACAAGAACAGAGAGGGAAACCAGAGAGAAGGGAAGAGAGCCGGGUGGGCACGAAGGCCCCGGCCUGGGUGAGUGCCUACGUGGUGAAUGGCCUGGGUUUUUCCGAGGCCAGCACUCGCACCCUUGGGGUCAGAACCGGAAAGAGCCAAGUCACUCCGCUCUGAACGCGCUGGGCAGAGAAAUAUGUAAAUCAGGGCUCCCUGCGCCCUGGAGAGUGUCGAAAUUACGCCCGCCCGGUGAACAAGAAGCAACAAGCUCCCAGGCGGGUGAGCUUCAGAGGGUGGCAGAGUCGCGGGGGAGGGAGCGGCUGCAGUAAGGGGGGUGGGGUUCGGAACCUCACACCCUCACACCUAGUUCCUAGCUUCUAGGGAGCCUGGAGCCGGGGCUUCCCCCCCUCUGCUCGCUGCUUCUCUCCCUUCCCCCUUCCUCCCCCUCUUCCCCCUCCUUCCUCCUCCCCGCCGGCCUCGGUCCGCGUACUUAAAGCGGCGCGGGAGGGCGGACGCGGGCGGGCGGCCCGUUCGGGCGGUGGCAGAUGCGCCCAGCGGUGGCAGCGGCCAGCGGCGCGCAGGUGACCGGCCUGAGGCCCAGCCUGGUCAGGGAGCGCCCGGGGAGAGCUGGCGGCAGAGGGCAGCCGAUCCGCCCCCAGCGCGCGCGUCUCGGCGCCAGGAGCCGUCCCGGGGCGUGUUGGCGAGCGUUGAUAUAGAUAUAAGGACAUUUCUCUUCAUGGCGUCACGUGACAUAAUUACCACCAGAAUCAAUCAAGAUGAAUUGCACGUCAGCGCCCGGUGGGGAUUUUUGCUUAGUUGAUCCUGGCCCAAGCCUCUUGUGCAAUCGAUGGCUCAGGUUGGCUGCGCGGGGAGCGGCCAGGGGCUCGCUGGCGCGCACGCCGCGGAGCCAUGAACGACUUUGACGAGUGCGGCCAGAGCGCAGCCAGCAUGUACCUGCCGGGCUGCGCCUACUAUGUGGCCCCGUCUGACUUCGCUAGCAAGCCUUCGUUCCUUUCCCAACCGUCGUCCUGCCAGAUGACUUUCCCCUACUCUUCCAACCUGGCGCCGCACGUCCAGCCCGUGCGCGAAGUGGCCUUCCGCGACUACGGCCUGGAGCGCGCCAAGUGGCCGUACCGCGGCGGCGGCGGCGGCGGCGGCAGCGCGGGGGGCGGCAGCAGCGGGGGCGGCCCCGGCGGGGGCGGCGGCGGCGCGGGGGGCUACGCUCCCUACUACGCGGCGGCGGCGGCGGCGGCUGCGGCGGCCGCGGCGGCCGAGGAGGCGGCCAUGCAACGCGAGCUUCUCCCGCCCGCGGGCCGCCGGCCGGACGUGCUCUUCAAGGCGCCUGAGCCGGUGUGCGCUGCGCCGGGGCCGCCGCACGGCCCCGCGGGCGCCGCCUCCAACUUCUACAGCGCGGUGGGCCGCAAUGGCAUCUUGCCACAGGGCUUCGACCAGUUCUACGAGGCAGCGCCCGGGCCCCCGUUCGCCGGGCCGCAGCCCCCGCCGCCGCCCGCGCCGCCACAGCCCGAGGGCGCAGCCGACAAGGGCGACCCCAAGACCGGGGCUGGUGGCGGCGGGGGCAGUCCCUGCACCAAGGCGACCCCUGGCUCGGAGCCCAAGGGGGCAGCGGAAGGCAGCGGUGGCGACGGCGAGGGCCCCCCGGGAGAUGCGGGGGCGGAGAAGAGCGGCGGCGCAGUUGCCCCUCAGCGGUCCCGGAAAAAGCGCUGUCCCUAUACCAAGUACCAGAUCCGCGAACUGGAACGCGAGUUUUUCUUUAACGUGUACAUAAACAAAGAGAAAAGACUUCAACUCUCUCGGAUGCUCAACCUCACUGACCGGCAAGUCAAAAUCUGGUUCCAGAAUCGCAGGAUGAAAGAAAAGAAACUGAACAGAGACCGUCUGCAGUAUUUCACUGGAAACCCCUUAUUUUGAGAGCUCCAGGAAGCGCCCCCUCCCCAGCCCCACUCACCCACCCUCCUUCCCACCAGCCUGCUCUCCGCAGGCCCACUGUCCUUGGGUUUAAUGACGUCUCUUCUCUGUGGAACUUCACGAUUCCUUCCCACGGUCAACUCGGGACCUUCCAGCGACCACUGCAGCCUGCGGACGAGGCCGGGACUUGGCCGAGCGGAUCCUAAUAAGGGGAAAAUGGUAAAUGCAAACGUCCCUUUACAAUUUUACCGCCAAUGUGCUGUCGUUCCCCCUCCCCCUCUCCGAGUCCUCGUGGGGACACGGCGGGGUCUGUAGGAAGUUGGGCCGGGUUGGGGGUGCUAGAAGGCGCUGGUGUUUUGCUCUGAGUUUUAAGAGAUCCCUUCCUUCCUCUUCGGUGAAUGCAGAUUAUUUAAACUUUGGGAAAUGUACCUUUAGUCUGUCAUAUCAAGGCAUGAGUCACUGUCUUUUUUUGUGUGAAUAAAUGGUUUCUAGUAAAAUGGAGGUUACAGCUUCAA